CCAUGUUUGGCGCCGGCUCCAGGAGACGAACACGUUGCUGCGGAGGAGAAGUUUCUCUGCGGCUCGAGUCUCUGAAGAAGAAGCUUCUGGUCUGAUUCCCUCGGGACCGCGAACCGGAGCCGAACAGCGCUCCUCGGGUGCGAGCGUCCGCUGGCCCCGCCUCCAUCAUGGCCGAUAAAAACACCAGGAUCGCCAUCGUCAGCCACGACAAAUGCAAACCGAAGAAAUGCCGCCAGGAGUGCAAGAAGAGCUGCCCCGUGGUGCGGAUGGGGAAGCUGUGCAUCGAGGUGACGCCGCAGAGUAAGAUCGUGUGGAUCUCCGAGUCGCUGUGCAUAGGCUGCGGGAUCUGCAUCAAGAAAUGUCCGUUUGGAGCGUUGUCCAUCGUCAACCUGCCCAGCAACCUGAAGAAGGAAACCACUCACAGAUACUGCGCCAACUCCUUCAAACUGCACCGGCUGCCUAUCCCCAGACCUGGUGAGGUACUGGGUCUCGUGGGGACCAACGGUAUCGGGAAGUCCACGGCUCUGAAGAUCCUGGCUGGAAAACAGAAACCCAACCUGGGGAAGUACGAUAAUCCUCCCGACUGGCAGGAGAUCCUCACGUACUUCAGAGGAUCCGAGCUGCAGAACUACUUCACCAAGAUCCUGGAGGACGACCUGCGAGCCAUCGUGAAGCCGCAGUACGUGGACCAGAUCCCCAAGACCGUCAAGGGGUCAGUAGGAGCCAUCCUGAGCAGGAAGGACGACACAGACACAGCAAGAAUCGUUUGUGAUCAGCUAGAUCUGACUCACCUGCGGGAGAGGAACGUGGAGGAUCUGUCGGGCGGCGAGCUGCAGAGGUUCGCCUGCGCAGUCGUGUGUAUCCAGAGGGCCGACAUCUUCAUGUUUGACGAGCCGUCCAGUUACCUGGAUGUGAAGCAGAGGCUGAAGGCCGCCAUCACCAUCCGCUCGCUCAUCACCCCCGACAGGUACAUCAUCGUGGUGGAACACGACCUGAGUGUGUUGGACUAUCUGUCCGACUUCAUCUGCUGUUUGUACGGAGUUCCCAGCGCCUACGGUGUGGUCACCAUGCCCUUCAGUGUCCGAGAGGGGAUCAACAUCUUCUUGGACGGUUACGUUCCCACGGAGAACCUCAGGUUUCGUGAAACCUCGUUGGUCUUCAAGGUGGCUGAGACGGCCAAUGAGGAGGAGGUGAAGAGACUGCGGCACUACCAGUAUCCUGACAUGUUCAAGAAGAUGGGCGACUUCGAGCUGGACAUUAAAGGAGGAGAGUUCACGGACUCUGAGAUCAUGGUGAUGCUGGGAGAGAACGGCACAGGGAAGACGACCUUCAUCAGGAUGUUGGCUGGAGGACUCAAACCUGACGAGGGAGGUGAUGUUCCCACCCUCCUCGUCAGCUACAAGCCUCAAACCAUCAGCCCCAAGUUUAAGGGCAGCGUCCGAGCUCUGCUUCAUGAGAAGAUCCGAGACGCCUACACUCACCCUCAGUUCAUCACAGACGUGAUGAAGCCGCUUCAGAUCGAGAGCAUCAUCGAUCAGGACGUGCAGAUCCUGUCUGGUGGCGAGCUGCAGCGGGUCGCUCUCACUCUGUGUUUGGGGAAACCUGCUGACGUUUAUCUGAUUGACGAGCCGUCGGCAUACCUGGACUCUGAGCAGAGGCUGAUGGCCGCCAGGGUCAUCAAGAGGUACAUCCUCCACGCCAAGAAGACUGCGUUCGUGGUGGAGCACGACUUCAUCAUGGCGACCUACCUGGCCGACCGAGUCAUCGUGUUCGACGGGAUUCCCUCCAGGCAGACCGCCGCCAACACGCCCCAGGGUCUGCUGGCGGGAAUGAACCGUUUCCUGGCGCUGCUGGAAAUCACGUUCAGACGAGACCCGAACAACUUCCGACCCCGGAUCAACAAACUCAACUCCAUCAAGGACACCGAACAGAAGAAGAGCGGGAAUUAUUUCUUCCUUGACGACUGAGACGACUUCCUGUGGCGCCCCGGCACGACUUCCUGUGGCGCCCCAGCACGACUUCCUGUGGCGCCCCAGCACCACUUCCUGUGGCGCCCCAGCACGACUUCCUGUGGCGCCCUUCAUUCGGGCUCUGUUCAAAUGAUAAACAACUUUAUUCCACCACA